AUCAGAAGGAGGAUGUCUUCGUCUUCUGGCAGGUCAUCCGGCUCGUCCGCCAGCCUCAGCAAACGACCCGUCGACCCCAUCACACGGACGGCCCUGCGAUACACCCUGUCUCCACGGGAAUACGAGCUUUUGCACAACUACCUGAUUUCACGAGCACCGCAACGAGUGCAGAAACGCACACCGAAUCCAUCUCGAUAUGAGAGCAUUACGAAAAGCAGCAGCGAGGGCGAUGAUUAUAAUGUCGCAUCGAUACGCGCCGCAUUGCGUGUGUACCUGGGACUGUUCACCGUGUUGAAGAGCGUGGACUUCAUGCUUGCGAGAAUUGCACAGAGACGAGGAACGGUCUCAUCUACGAAACCUGCGCCAAAGUACAAGAAUACCCGCAUAGCGCUCUCAUUUUCCGCGAUGCUUUUCUUCCAUCGCAUCCUGCAUCGCUUCUUUCAACGACUGAGCGCCGAACUGAAACGUGAGAAUGCUGGGCCAUUUCGCGCGAGGAACCCUACGAUAUCGAAGGUCCUCACAUCCAGAUAUACGCCGGCAAUUGGCUCCUCGUUGGCAGGAUUUUGCUUGGGAGCGACACCUGCAGAGCAGCUACGAGUGACGAUUGCAAUAUAUGUCUUUUCACGGAGUCUGGAAUAUGGAUACAACCUGGCCUCCAGCAAUGGUCUUAUUUGGGGCAAGGGUGAAGAUCGGCCAUGGUGGUUCGGCAGCUGGCUGAUCAUGCCUUUCGCUUGUGGGCAGCUGCUCCACGCCUUCGUGUUUGAUAGAGAAUGUUUCCCGGACAGUAUGGGAGCAUUCAUACUAAAGAGAAGUCCCGAAUAUAUACAAUUGCGGCCGAAAGACUACCCUGUUGGAAGAAGCUGGCCAGGAACCUUCGACAUCGUGGACGGUCUGGCUGAGAUCAGCAAGCUGAAGUGGCCGCCAUUCAUCAGUCCAAUUUUAUUCCCGAAUAAUGCUCAGACGCUACCAGGAGGCGCUGCGGUUCAACGCUUAUCACCCAUAUCUGCACCAGCACAUCCUGGCACGAAGCACACGUCCUGUGCAUUUCUCCACCCGAAAGACCCGAGCUGCGCGAGGACAUAUCUCAAGUACUGGAUCGCAGCUUUCCCACCGGUGCUGAAGUUCUUCACGCUUAUAUAUGGUGCUUUUGCGCUUCUGGCGUACAAGGCACUCCUGAAGAAUCCUAGUCCAGUCCUCAAUCGAAUCUCGCAGAGGAUCAUACAGAUGUCGCUCUUCAUUACAGGCGCGAUCGGCACUUCCUGGGGCUCGAUCUGUUUGUUCAACAACACCCUUCCGCAUAGCCUGCUACCUACACAACGCUGGUUCUUGGGUGGGUUCAUGGGCGGACUGUGGGCAUACGUCGCUCGGAAUAGGGAACGAGACAACUUCAUGUACAGUUUCCGUCUGAGUCUUGCCUCGUUCUAUCAAGUGGGCAAGAAACGUGGGUGGUGGCGAGGUGUCAGAAACGGCGACGUGCUGCUGUUCGUCGCCAGUCUAGCAGCUGUCAACUACGUUUAUGAAGCACAACCUAGCGCUGUGCAGGGCGCGGUGAUCAGGAAGACUUUGGGAAUGUUUCGAGGAGAUGGGUGGGUUGACCGGGCCGGAAAGAAAGACGCCGAUAGUCUGAAGGAAGAGGGUAUUGUGGAAGAACUCGAAAGGGAAGCUGACGAGAAGAAAAAUUGAAUCAUAAGAACUAGUGAUACCCAUUAAUGUAUGUUGUGUGUUGGAUAAGGUACCUUAGCGAUACUAUAACGAAAAUGAC